AUGGAAUCAGCUUACAGAACACAGCAAGAUUUGAUGGCCAAAAAAGCAAGGGAAAAUGGAAUUCCAACGUCUGAAAUUACAAAACAAUUUCAAGCAACACUGACCCAAGUUUACGAGCAAAAUCCUCAAUGUACUGAGGCUUGGGCAUUGGGAAAAGCAGAAUAUCACGUUAUAAAAGUCACUUCUAAUCCGAUUGUAGUUCCAAACGAUCCAUGGCCAGGUAUCCUCCCCAGAACAUCACAAUCACCCUUCAGGAAUGAGACAAUACGCUCCGAGUCCGGCGAGAUUACGAGUUCGCCGGAGAAGGGAUCGUUGAGUUUCCCAAGCAGACCGAAGCCUAAUUUUUCAAUCAAGAUCGAAGAUGUGCUUCUUAAUGCAGCUGGCAAUCCAAAUGUACUGGCGGUAUACCGGGAGGCAUUGGUAAACAUGAAGGAAAGAUAUCCACGCGAAAGCUUGGAGUGGCAACAGUGGAUGGCAGGAAUUCGUCAGAGGGGCACCUUUCCCUGCAACGAGCCACCUAGGUCAUACAUUCUCCGGUCUUCAGACGCCAAUCGCCUCAACACUGUAAGUCCUCGCCGUGGUGGCGAGGAUAAGUCUAGAAGCGGGCGAUUUGGUGGUAGCUGGCAAGCUGAAGAGGCGACUAGUCGACGUAGAUCUAGGUCGCCUCCAGUUGAACAAAUGGGAAGAGACAGAUAUCGACAAAAUAGGUCCGAAGGAACCACGAGACAAGGUAGGACAAUCAAAACCGAAGAGUCGCCACGAAAUUUCAAAGCAAUGAGAGUUGGAGAAACAAAAAAAGACAGUGGGAAUGUAAUGAGGACAAGAGAGGAUGAUCCAUUGACUUAUGGACCAAAAGAGAAUGAAAUGCAAAAGAAAGCAUACAGUAUGGGUGGUGUUGAGUUCCGACAUGUUUUCUUUCGUGCUCUGCAAACUAGUAGAGAUUUUGUAAGAGCGCGUCAUCCUUACUGCGACCGUUCUCAAAAACAUUGGCUUGCCGAUCGAAUGGCAUGGGAGACUGUUUUCAAAAACGAGCCAUUCCCCUGGUUGAACAACAAGCCACCAGGAAUUCCUUCAUCGGCCAGUUUACCACCAAUUCACAAAACAUCAAGGGAGGUUACUGGCAAUUACUCCAUGGCUCCCCCACCAGCUCAAAUAGUUUUCAAUGGUGCCAAUACCAGUCGUCAUUCGGUAUACAGUAUGACAAGUAGCAAAUCGAUCCAGUCGAGACCCGGCUCUGCUUAUAGCGCAAACGCGUCUGUCGGAACAGCUGUAUCUGGUGGUACCACGCCUUUUGGAUCAAGUCCUGAGAUGCCAAAAAAGCUCUCAGCGGCACUGCUGAACAAAGGAGUGAUGAACACUAUUGGUGAGGAUUCCUCGGAAAAGAAUGGAACAGAUCUUGUCGAAGGUAGGAGAGAAGUGACUAUCAGAAAGAACACACUUUUCCGUGCCCUUCUAGGAGACUGGGACGAUUCGUUCAAAUCCGUUCAAAGAAGUCUUGGGGUUACAAUAGACUAUCAUGACGAUACCUCUGGACACUUCAAGCUUACUAUCGAGCCAUAUCAGCCAGGAGAUAACGUAGCGCUCGAAAGAGCGUACAAGUUCCUUGAGAUCUGGAAGAGAUUGAUUUACUCUGAUCAGUUAAUCAAACUUGAACAUUUUUGGGCCCAGUAUAAGAAUCAUGACAAGACAACUGCAGUCAAUCGCAAGCCUAUGAUACAUGUUAAUGGCAAGAAGAUUCUUUGUCAAGAAAAGUUCGGUGAUCUCUGUGAUUUCUUCUCACAGGAGAUUCAGGAAUAUCAAUCCAAUAUGGCUGAAUAUGCUGACACUGAAAAUGCACUUGCCUGCAGUACUCUUUUUGAGGUCAGGCCAUACGACAUUUACCUCAGCAGUUAUCCACUUCCGAUACUGCUUGAUGUUGAUACUAAGGCAAGAAAUAAGAUGCUUGAUGACCAUGAUGCCUUCCUCGAAGAGUGGGUUCGAAGCUCUUUCCAAAAUCGAAUAAGCUUAUCGGACAUGAGCCACGAAUAUGCAAGAAGGAGUGAUCAGAAGCGUAUGGAACUAGAUAUGGAUUUGGAUGAGCUUCUUAAAGAAGGAGCAGCAAAAGCGGCAAAUCAAAUCGACCAUCUUGAGGGACUUGAUAAUGAUCGUAUUAAACUGCCAUUUGUUUACUGUUCGGCAGCUACCAAAGAAAUCCUGUUGAGACUUGAAAAGAGAAGAGACCGCUUGAACUUGGCGCAGGGUAUUUUAGAGAAGGAGAAGAGAACCUAUAAACAUUUGAAGAGUGUCUUGAAACCGAUUCCAUUGGAAACUCCAACAUUAAUUGACUUGGCGCCGAAAAAUGAAGUCAGGGUUACAUUGUUUGAUGCUAACCAUUGCACGGGAGCAGUAAUGUUCUUGUUUGAAAAGGAGGAUACUGCAGUCUUGUAUACUGGGGAUAUUAGAUCGGAACCAUGGUUCGUCAAUAAUUUGACACGAAGUCCAUUCUUGAUCGAGUACACAAACGGCUUGAAGACUUUAGAUUGUAUUUAUCUCGAUACAAGCAACACUGGACCAUUAGCAUUCCCUACAAAGGCUGAUGGCCUGAAGGAAAUGAUUGAGAAAGUCAGAAAAUAUCCACCAAAUACCAAGUUCCACUUUUCGGCCUGGACGUUCGGAUAUGAAGAGGUUUGGGCAGCGCUAUCACGAACACUCGACUCGCAAAUUCACGUUGACAAGUACAAGUACAAAUUAUAUCAAUCGCUGCGUCAGGAAGGUUUUGAUGGUCAAUCGCGCUUCUUGGCACCCGAGGGUCCUGUGUUGGUCGGGUGUAUUGUUGGAAAUGGCCCAAAAGAAGGUUGUUUGACUGCCGAUAAAAACGUACGAAUCCACAGCUGUGAGAAGGGAAUGGGCUGCUCGGCUUAUGGAGAGGAUGAUAUUGUGUUAAUACGCCCAUUCAUUGCCCGUGGACCAGAUGGAGUGGAAAUAGCAGAAGUUGGUAUUGGAGGUGGCUGGGGCGAUCUAGUGCCAAAUUAUGAAGUCGCCAUGGAUUUCGAUGAUGUCAAAGAAUUUUUAGAGACAAUUUUUGCCGAGACAGAUCAACCCAUAAUUGAAGACAUUCGACGUAUGCUUCAUGCAGAACUAGUAUCUACGAAAGGGGCCAUAUCAUUGGAUGGUGUGCAAUUUGGUAGUGAUCAAAUCUCUUUAAAGGGACUUGGUGAAUCUUUGCUACGAAAGUUGGCACAGAAAUCUACUGUGAUACCCGACAAGAAGAGAGACGCUAUUCCUGAAAAGGGCCUCCCCAAGGUAAUCACAUUUCCAUACUCACGACACUCGUCAUACGCCGAACUUUGUCAUCUUGUUGAAAUCUUCAAACCAAAAGAUGUGUAUCCAUGUACCGUAGAUGAAGAAGAAUGGCAUGAAGGACUAAGCAUGAAAACUCUCUUUGGCGAUCAUUGCUCUGCUUCUGUUUUUCGGCAUGAUAGUGAAAUGCGAGGACUGGUUGCUAUUCGUGUUGCCGAGAUGGCCAUGAUGUCAAGCCAACAAACGCAAACAACGACUACGUCCAAAUCUUCUCCAACGUCGACAGGAAAUUUUAAGGGCCUCACUCUGGCAGCAGCCAGAUUGGAGAACGAAAGUGGUCCUUCGACACCAACUCCAUUCCAGAAAGAGACAACUAGAAUUGGUCGACAAUCAAUGUCUAACUGGUCGCAAGAGCUGGUAUCCUCAUCUCCAGCUCCACCAUGUCAAAUAGGUGUAAUAGGCAUCAGUAAGACACCAAGAUCAGUUGCUACAAAUUUAGACUCGAGUUCAAGCCGUCAAGCGUCGCAGCGAAGAGCGACCGCGGAUAUGAUUAGUCCACCACCCUUGAAACGCGUUCGGCUUAGCGAGGAUUCCCAAAUCAGUGGUUCAACGUCUUUGAAAUCGCCUACUCUUCCAAAAUCUGUUACGGACGUAGAACCACAGAGCGUAGAGUCACCCGCUGAGCCCAGCGGCGACAAUGUUGACUUAACAGUCCCACUUGAAAUACUGAUGGAGAAACUUGGCAAUGUACCUGCACUUCUUGAGCAAACGCGGAAAGCAUUACUGGAAGUCCAUACUGGCGGGAUGGAUGUUAAAGCAUACAUCGCUCAGGGACUACCGACUCUGGAUGCCAUCCAUAUACAAAUUGAUCAGGUCGUACCACCACCCAUUCUGUCGGCGCUAUAUGCUAAUAUGCAAUCAUUUUUUCACGAAGUCGUCGCAAAAUUCUUGGAAAUGCGUGAUGAUUUAGACUUGUAUGCAUAUUUGGAAAUGGAGAUCGGAUGGUAUGUACGCCGCCAAUUAACACCACUGCAACAACUCACUGAAGAGUUCAAACAUAUCAAGUUGUAUUUGGAUCAAUCCCCGAGUCAACGGAAGCCCUGGAGAUCUAAAGUAAGUCUGGAAAGCAUGUCGGAAAUAUUCACACUUGAAGCCAAUAGCGACGCAGAUACAAUGGAUCAUCAAGAUAUCUACACGCCCACGGACGAGAACGAACUAGCAGCAGAUGGCACCACUGAGAGUGAUGAAGAUAUAUUUUCUACAUUGUCAGAGGAAGAGAACCUUCGCGAAGAUGAGAACUUUCCCUUCUAUGACCCAAUUGAUAAGAUCGUUCGAUGUGGAGAUUGUGGUCAUGAGAUCUGGGAAGACGCAGCUGGAAGAGUUAAUUUGACGCUCGGGUUUUGUACUGGCUGCGGCAAUGGAAUUAAUCCCUUUUACGAGGAUGCUGAUUUCCCCGGGAAAACCCCUCGUAUUUAUGAAGACCAAUAUGGAAGCGAGGCUGACGAAGAGAGAGCUCGAGUACUGAUUGGGGAUACACACCUCGACUAUCAAUCCUCGGCUUACGAUACCCAAGAUGAGGAUUCCGAACUUGUUCUAAAUGAAGAUUAUGAAGUUGAUAGUUUUAUUGAUGAUUCCGAAGUGCUAGAAUCAGAUUCAGAGUCUGCUAUCUCUGAUAGUGAGAGUGAGGGAGAGAUAGAUUACAAGUCCGAAUUCAAGCAACUGCAAGCGAAUUUUGACCUUUUGAUGAACGAUUAUUGCGAGUUGGCGGACAAGUUUGAUGAGUUUAGGCAUGAUAUGCUUGGUACGAGUGAAGAGGAAGAUGAUGGGAAUGGGGAGGAUAAUGAUGAAGAAGAGGGAGUGAGAAGAGAUGAGGUAGGGGCACAUGUGGUGGAUGUAUUGGUGAAGCAAGGGGAGCUUGUGGUGGAGGAUGUACUCGUUUCGUCGUUCAGAAGUGUUGGUGGGGAGGAGGGAGAGGGAGAUGUGGACGGAGAUAAAUUUAGAGAUGAAGAACUCGAGGAUGAUGAUGACGCGAUUGUUGAUGUUACACACCACGUCUUUUAA